AUGGAAGACUUUACACCGCUGAUCAAUCUACAGGGUGCUCGCAAGAUGAAAAAUGAACGUGAACCAUUACUGGGCAAUGCAGCCGACGGUGUUAGCAAUGGAUCCGGGCUGGAUCCUGCCGAACAUCAGCGACUGCUGGCCCGUCCCGAUUUACGCAGCUCACCAGAAAACAUGAUCGUCGACGCAUCGAACGAUACGGACAGUUUGAUGGCGAAGGAAGAUCCAACGUACGGUUCAUCGUCGGGUGAGCCAUACGAACCAUCGAUGCACCGCACACUGGAACAUCCUACCACCAAUCUCGACACAAUGAUUCACCUGCUGAAGGGUAACAUCGGUACCGGCAUUCUAGCGAUGCCAGAUGCAUUCAAGCACGCCGGUCUGUACGUCGGGCUGUUCGGGACCCUGUUUAUGGGUGCAAUCUGUACGCACUGUAUGCACAUGCUGGUGAACUGUUCGCAUGAACUUUGCCGACGGUUGCAGGUGCCCUCGUUAAGCUUUGCCGAUGUUUGCCAGCGUGCGUUCGAGUCUGGUCCGAUUGGAUUGCGGCGGUACUCGAAGCUGGCAACGAAUUUGAUCAACAUGUUUCUGGUAAUUACGCAACUUGGAUUCUGUUGCGUGUACUUUGUGUUUGUUGCGGCUAAUCUGAGGGAAGUCAUUGCACAUUAUUUCUUCGAUCUGCACACGCGAGUAUAUCUGCUGCUGCUGCUUAUUCCGAUGGUGCUGCUUAAUUUGGUGAAGAAUCUAAAGUAUCUUACACCGAUCUCGCUAAUCGCGGCGCUACUUACGGUUACGGGACUUUCCUGUACCUUCUACUAUAUGCUGCAAGAUCUGCCCAACACGCAUACAGUCAAGCCAUAUGCCACCUGGGCCCAGCUACCGCUGUAUUUCGGUACAGCGAUCUAUGCGUUUGAAGGAAUUGGAAUGGUACUACCGCUAGAGAACAACAUGAAAACACCGGAAGAUUUUGGUGGCUGGUCGGGUGUACUUAACACCGGCAUGGUAAUUGUUGCCUGCCUCUAUACCGCCGUCGGUUUCUUCGGAUAUCUUAAGUACGGUGAUUCGGUUAAGGGUAGCAUUACGCUUAACCUUCCCGGUGAAGAAUUCAUUGCACAACUCGUUCGCAUCAUGAUGGCACUUGCAAUCUUUUUCUCCUACUCGCUUCAAUUCUUCGUUCCGAUGUCGAUACUGAGUGUGCAUAUCCGGCGAAGGCUGCACACGGAACAGUCGCGACUUAUCGGUGAAUAUCUUACGCGGGUGUCGCUCGUCGUGUUUACCUUCAUACUGGCCGCAAUGAUACCGAACCUUGGGGCUGUUAUUUCACUCGUCGGUGCGGUUAGCAGUUCUACGCUGGCCCUCAUUUUCCCGCCACUGAUUGAAAUCGUUACCUUCUGGCCGGAUCGGUUGGGAAGGCAUUACUGGAUACUGUGGAAGGAUGUGGCUAUUAUGGUGUUUGGUAUAUUGGGCUUUAUCUUCGGCACGUACACCAGUGUGGCACAAAUAUUGAACCCGGAUUUGGUUUAAAAAGGCAGCAC